AUGAAAUCAUCUGUGAAGGUGACCUCUACUGGUGAGCAAGUUCCACUGAACUUUCGCUAUUCAGUGACUCCUGCGUCAAAAGUCAACAGCUUCAAGCCAAAGGAACUUCCUAGCGAUUGCGAUCGACGACAGCUCAGGGCAGGGCAGCUGGGGGCUGUGUGGUGCGGUCGGCUGCAGCAGCUGCCUCGAGCAGAUCAUGUUGGAUUGAUUUGGGAGGUUGAAGCUGGCGAAGAGAUUCCUUCUGUGAUCACCCCUGUGAAGCCAAAGUAUUUUCUGCUAGGCACAGUCAAUGUGCCCGCCAAGCAAGCAAUCAAGCUUGCGUAG